UUAUUCCAUAAUGUUGUCAAUAAGAUUUCCAUAUCAGACUGCAGUUAUAGGUCAAAGAACAGAUUAUUUCUUUGUAUGUAAUCGUAAAUAACUGCAACAAAGAAGAGAAAUAGAUUUCAAAAUGAAUAUAUUGACUAAAGUUCGCAUAAUUUCUAGUAAAGGUAUUCACUAUUACAGUAGAAAAGUUGGUAUAAUCGGAGUACCUUUUGAUAAAGGCCAGAAAAAAGAAGGAGUAGCUCGUGGACCCGAGACAAUCAGAGCAGCAAAUCUGGUAGACAAAUUGAAAAUAUUAGAUUUGGAUGUGCGAGAUUAUGGUGACGUGUGCUAUAAUAUAAGUAAUAUGAAUGAUGUACAAAAUAUGUCACAUUUGGGCCACGUGGCUAGUUGUAUGAGUAACUUAUCUAAACAAAUUCGACAAGUGUUACGCGAAGGUAGGCAAGCAUUAACAAUCGGUGGUGAUCACAGCUUGAGCAUUGGUACAAUUGAUGGACAUGUCAAGGAAAAACAAGAUGUGGCAGUAAUAUGGGUAGAUGCUCAUGCAGAUUUAAAUACUAACAAAACCAGUGAAAGUGGUAAUGUGCAUGGAAUGCCCGUAGCAUUAUUGACUUCGGAACUAGCUGAUUAUUGGCCGUAUUUACCAGGCAUGGACUGGCAAAUGCCAAUAUUAUCUAUCAGAAAUGUAGCUUAUAUUGGUUUGAGAUCUAUAGAUCGUUAUGAAAGAUUAAUAAUUGAAAAAUUUGGUAUUACUGCUUUUGGAAUGGAAGACAUAGAACGUUAUGGUAUUCACGAUGUGAUACAUAUGGCACUUAAUAAAAUAGAUUCUCAUAACUCAAGAUCUUUACAUGUCAGCUUUGAUAUAGAUGCACUAGAUCCGCUCGAAGCACCUAGUACUGGAGUACCAGUACGUGGAGGACUGUCUCUUAGAGAAGCAAUUCAUCUUAUGGAAGAAAUAUCUAGAACACAUAGAUUGAAUGCUAUCGAUUUAGUAGAAGUUAAUCCACAAAUUGGUAAUAAACAAGAUGUAAAAAUGACUGUACAAGCAGCCAUACACAUUAUCCAAGCAGCUUUGGGCUACUCAAGACGCGGUUUGAAAGUACCUGACGGUGUUACCGAUAUGCCUUUACAAACUUUCCAUUGA